AUGGCCGAGAAGGAUAAGGAGAAAGAAACGGAUCCGUUUCUGUAUGAGAGUGAAGAUGAAGACGAUGAUAUUGAGGAGAACAAGACUGAGAGUGGGAGCAGUUCUAGUAGCAGCCAUGGUGGUGACCAUGCUGAGGUUUCCUCUCCUGUUAGUUUUACUUCUCAGAAAUGGCCUCAGAGUUACAAGGAGACAAUCGAUUCUUACUCAAUCGCAGCAUCACCAAAUAUUGCAAAUCUUGGAUUUGUUCCAACUAGUAGCUAUGCAAGCAUUCACAAUUAUUCAAAAGGCAUUUUAGACCUGAUUACAAAGUCUUCAUUCCUGUCUACCAAUGAAUCUGCUCCUCAAAAGGCUGAUUUGGAUAGGAUAUCAAUAACCCAAUCAUUAUUGUCAGAAAAAUCUACUCUGCAUAAGCAGCAGACGGGAGAACUACCUAUUGGUCAUGGCUGUAGCUUCACUCAAACCAUCUUCAAUGCUGGAGUUGGGCUUCUUUCAACACCUUCUACAGUGAAAGAAGCUGGCUGGGCAGGUCUGGUGGUGCUACUUCUUUUUGCAGUUGUGUGUUGUUACACGGGGGUACUCAUGAGAUACUGUUUUGAGAGCAAAGAAGGCAUCACAACUUAUCCAGAUUUAGGAGAAGCUGCCUUUGGAAGAUAUGGGCGUCUUUUCAUAUCCAUUGUUUUGUACGCAGAACUAUAUUCUUAUUGUGUAGAAUUCAUUAUUUUGGAAGGAGAUAAUCUCAGCAGACUAUUCCCAGGAACAUCCUUAAAUUGGGCUGGUUUUCAGCUGGACUCCUUGCACUUAUUUGGAAUAGUAACUGCCCUCAUUGUUCUACCAACUGUUUGCUGGUGGGGUGAUUGUCACACUUUGAUUGUUCUGUGUGUAAUUUUACUCGGUACCGCUGGUGGGAUUGGAUUUCAUCACAAUGCUCAAGCAGUGAACUGGAAUGGAAUUCCACUUGUAAUUGUCAUGGGAUAUCUCAUGUUUGGUCAACAAACAUUGUCCCAGAUAACUUUAAACAUGCCACCACAUGCUUUUCUGUCCAAAGUUGCACUCUGGACAACACUUUUAUUUGCUUCCUUAACAUUGAGCAAAUAUGCCCUGUUGAUGAACCCAUUAGCAAGGGGUAUUGAGGAGCUGCUGCCAGUUGGACUUUCCAAUAGUACCUGGUGUUUCAUUGUUUUAAGAACAGCACUUGUCAUUUCUUCUGUUGGUGCUGCCUUUCUUAUACCUUUCUUUGGUCUUGUGAUGUCUUUGAUAGGCUCUCUACUCAGUAUUCUUGUGUCAGUAAUAGUGCCGUCGCUAUGCUUUCUGAAAAUAGCAGGAAGGAAAGCUACAACGGUACAGGUUGUUUCUAGUACCACAGUUGCUGCUUUGGGCAUAAUUGCCGCAACCCUUGAUACUAAGGUUAGCACCCUGAUUUCGGCAAGUGGGUGGUGGGAUGUUCCCAAGGUUUAUAGUUUAUUUACUUUCAUGGAAGCGGAGACUAUCUUGUCUAUACCUUUGAUCGCCAUGGAUGCGACUUGUUUUCGUUGCUCCACUGGCUGCAAAACAUCAGUUCAUGCCCUACGAGAUUGCCCAACUAUUCGUCUCAUAUGGGAGUCUUCGGAACUGCAGACAGUUUUUCUUGGUCUGAUUGUUCUGGACUCACACGGUGUUCUUAUAGGGGCGGUGGUAAUGAGGGCACCUAGUCUCCUGUCUGUGUUGGCUACCGAGCUUUACGCUCUCAAAGUGAGUCUUUCUUUUGUCUUAGAUGCAUCGCUUCUGCCCUUGGUAGUUGAAUCCAACUCCCUGGCUGCAGUGCAAUUGCCAUCAAAGGAGGAAGAAUGUUUAGCUCAUGAGGGAGUGCUUGUGACUGAAAUUCGGCGUCUUCUUCUAGCGUUAUCCUCUUGUGUUCAUUUUGUCCCCCAUACUGCCAACAUUGUGGCUCAUAGUAUUGCGAGUUAUAGUCUUUGA